AUGUCACAUCUCACCGGCGACCCAAAGCGACACGAUCUGUCUUCCUUCAAAGACUCUCUGACCGGCUCCUGUCUCUGCGGCAGCAUCACCGUGACAAUUCACGACAACGAGCUCUUUACAAAACCACGCGGUCACCUCUGCCACUGCGCAAACUGCCGAAAGGUGUCCGGCUCUGUGGUAUCUGCAAACUUGAUCAUGGAAGAGGAAAAAGUGGACGUUAAAGAUAGAGAUGGCACACUAAAGGUCUAUGAGGACAAAGCUACCAAUAGCGGUAACCCAGUAUAUCGAUACUUUUGCGCUGUGGAUGGAAAUCCGAUCAUGUCAAAGGUUGAUAUGUUGCCUGGCAAGGCGAUUGUCAAGAUGGGUAUGAUGCCGGUGAUUCCAGCGCCUGAGAUGGAGAGCUUUGCCGCGCAUAAGCAUACUUGGUUCAAGAAGCCUGAGGGAAUCAAAUCGUACAAGAUUCUUCGUACGGGAGAGUUGAUGGAUGAGUAG